GGUGUAGUGUCUGUGGACAGUAGUCAGUAGUCAGUAAGGUUCCGGCGCGCACGAGGAGCGCCUGUCGCGCUCUCACACGGUGAUGGUUCCGACGAGAAAAUGACUGAAGUGUUAGAAAAACCGUCUUCGGAAAACGUCAAGGCGACCGGCAACUUCCCCACCGUCUCCAGCCUCAAGUCCGAGGACUCCACCGAGCAGUUGAUAUGUAAGACUCCUCAGAAAGUCAGUAAGCAGAAACGAGAGAGGAGUGUCGCGAAGAGUGUUGACAGCGGCAGUGAGAAUGGUGGACGAAGGGGUGUGGUGUUGCUGGGGUUGACGCAAGUGCUGCUGGGGGCCCUGCUGUUGGGAGCGGGGGCCCUCGCCGUGGUGAAGGGAGCCUCGCUGUCCAGGGUGGGUGCGGGGCUCUGGUCGGGGUGUAUGGCCGUGGUGGCCGGAGUGGUCGGUGUGCUGGCCGGCAUCAACGACUGCUAUGGGUUGAACGGUGCAUCCGGUAAUGGCUUGCUGACCGCGUUCCUGGCGUUGUCGCUGCUAUGCCUCGCGUGUGGUAACAGCGCGGCCGUGCUCGCAGUCACCGGUCUCCAGAGAGACUCUCAGACUCAGACCACACUCACCACCUUCCAGGAUGAGAUGGAGGCGUGGAGGCCGGUGCUGGCUAACAUCGCGCUGCUCAUCAUCGCCUCCAUCCACUGUCUGGUGUGUGUGCUGUCCAUCUAUAUCCUCUCCAAGAGGGUCUGCCCCUGCUUCAGACCCAAACAACCCUUCGACCAUAACCAGUUCGACCCCAACUUCAAACCGGUUCAACCCUGCGUGUUCCACGUGGAUGAGAUUAAAAAAGCCCAUGAGGCUGAGAAGAUUCGGACAAAAGCGGGUCAUGAGCUGUGUAAAGACUUGGAGACGAAGUUGCAGUCGGAUACAAUCAAGAAGAAAAAGGAGGAGGUUCCCGAAUACGGCAGUGCGAACAGUAAGGAGAAGUUGGUGAGUCACUGGUUGGGUCGCCAGCAUGUUCCCACCACGGGCACGACCAGACCACCGAGACCCAAAGGAGUCAGGAAGAAUAGGAAGCCUCCUCCACACGUGAUGCUGGUACCCGCUCAUCCCGCAAGCACGUUGGGUCGCGUGCCGGUGAGUGUGAUGGUACCACCCCGCUACGCCACCCUCCCUCUACCACCGGCUCCCUACCACGGCCAGCCCAUCUUCUACCCGAUGCCGGAGGCUCGUCGCCGCCGUCGCUCUCCGCCGGGUCGCCGACCUCGCCCGCGCCGCUCCCGAGACAACCAGCUCACGAGGUCUCUGGAGAGGAUCCACAGGAAGCGGAGACCGGAACAACCCUCCGUCGACGACCUCAAGAGAACCUACACGGGACUCGACAGGACGUACGCGGAACAGUUCAUAGCAGUGUGUGACUCCAGCAGACACGCGGCGGAGCACCACGACUCCCUCGCCUCCACACACACGGACUCCUCGCACUCACAGAACUCACAGAACUCGCAUCACUCAAAACAGUCACAAGGAACAUUGUAACUGAUUAACAAGACUGUAACACUGUCACUCAGGCACUCGUUAUUAACAAAUGUAUUCACUAACUGUUCUAUAAUAACCAACCCCGCGUCCCGGUUACACACAACACUUCGGCCCCACCCUUUAGACCACAAAGCGAUAAAUAUUAAAAUAGCUUUAGAGAUAUAUUACCUUGUAUAUAGUUUUAUAAGAACACGUUACUUUUGCUUUAAUCUUAUAUUUAUUAUUUGUUUAUAGUAUUAUGACUAAUAGUUAUUAUCGGCGUCGUAUUAAACACUUAAUACAUCAGAUCAUUAGACUAUAGAAUAAAGAUAUAAUAAUCUCUAUAUUGUAAGAUUUCUUCGACCACUAUUUUGAGUAUAAAAUAGGUUUUUUAAUCUUAAUAUAACUGUAGGGAAAGGCUUUAUUCGUUGAGUCUGUAAAUACUAUCUUUUAAAAAUAACUAACAAAACAAAAAUCUACUAACAAUUUUUAAGAUUAUAACACUAGUUUGUCAAAAAAUGAUCAUGUAUUGAAGAAACGCACUCGAAAACAAACGAGUUAAAAUUAAUUCUACUAACACUCGCUAACUAAGGCAACUUCUAAAGUUACUUCUAUCGUCAAAUGUCUGUGUUAAAGGAUAUCAUAAGAGGUCUAGAUUAAGCGACAUCCAGGCGGAACGAAACAUAUCAUCAUUGUAACAAUCGGAGCAAGUGUUGGACGACUUUGAAGUCAUUAAAGUUAAUCGAUCAAAAUCUAUAAUCUGUAAUUAUAGUCAGUACGCAGUAGGUAUAGUUAGUUUAGUUUAGUUUUAUGUUGUACAUUGUCUACGUGAAGUCCGUUGUACCUAACCGGUGCCAAAUUUUAUACGAGCAAUUGGUUCGACACGUCUAAAUUUGCUCAAUUCAUUAAAUUAGUCGUAUAAUUCUUGUUACCAUGUUUUUAAUUUUAAUUUCGAAUUCUUUUAUUCUAUGAAGCGUGUUUCAUUUGAGAUUAUUAUUAGUUAUGACAUUUAUUUUAUUGUAAAUAUAUAACCUUUAGGUAAGUUUCACUGUUUUAUGUUAUACUGAUCUGUGUCAGAUCCGAACCGUGUGACUUGACAGCUGAAGGAUUUAUAUUGUCUGCCUGUGACGUCACGCGGGUCUCGGCCGUACUUUAUUUUUAAUAUUGGCAACACUGACUCACAGCCGGCUAUUAUUUGUAUAUAGACGAAUAUUUAAUGAUUUUAUACAUUUGAAUGUAAAUAAAUAAUAUUUUAUACAAA